GAUCACAGAGCAUCUAGGGAGGCUGAGCGAAAGAGUGAGGGUUUUUUGACAAAAAGCGCUACACAUUUGCCUUUAACCCUUCAAAAAGAUUGAUGGGUGUUUUAUUUUGAUUCAUUUGAAGCAGUAAUUUAUACGGAAAGAGAUAGAGAAGCAUAAAACCAUGGCUUUAUGCAUAUCUUUUGGGGAAUCAUCGACAACGACAGUAUCAGCACAAGUUUUGCUGCUUCGAUUUUUUGAAAAAACCAUUGAGAGUUUCAAGCACAAUGUUACUAAUUUAUUCUGUGGAGUCUUAUCCUGUGAGCCCGUUUUAGAUCCAGAUUUAAGGAGGACUGGUGGGCAAGGCAUGGAUGCUGUUGUUGGUGAUGAGUUUUCGAAUAAUAAGCAAGGCGAUGGCGGAGGAGGAGACCCACUAGUUUUUAAUGUAUUGGAUUCAAUGCUUAAGGGUAGUUUGGAUCGUUUGAAAUCGAUGAGGGAUGAUAUCUCUUUGGUGAAGAAAGGCAUUACAGGAUGUGCGCUGGAUGUUAAUUGUGCAGGAAAUGAAGCUAUAAUCAAGGAUUUGUGUCUGGGGGGUAAGUUGGGACCAGCUUUAUGGCUAAGGAGUAAAAUGAUUCAGAAAGGUUUUGUUCCCGAUGUGCUGACACACAAUUAUAUGGUGAAUGGACUGUGCAAAAUGAUUGAGUUGGAGAAGGCAGAUUGGCUUAUUAGGGAGAUGCUAGACAAGGGUCCAUCUCCCAACUGCGCCACAUAUAAUACUUUUAUCAAAGGUUAUUGUCUUCUUGAUAAGGUUGAUAAAGCAUUACAUCUGUUUUCUUCUAUGGCUAAUAGUGGUACCAAACCAAAUAGAGUUACUUUCAACACACUUUUGCAUGCACUCUGCAAGAAGGACCUUUUAACUGAAGGUAAGAAGCUUCUUGGAGAGAUAUUAGAUGAUGACGAAAAGGCAACAUCAAAUGUUAUCACCUCAACUAUACUUAUGGAUUGUUCUAUCAAGAGUGGAGAUAUAGUUCAGGCGCUUGGUAUCUGGGAUUCAAUGGUGGAGGAGGGUACCCCAAUGGAUGUUAUCUCAUAUAAUGUUCUUAUCCACGGAUUCUGUUUAGCCAGAGACAUGAAACUUGCAUAUAGCUAUUCUUGUCAAAUGCUUAAAAUGGGUCUACUGCCUGAUGUCUUCACAUAUAACACUCUUGUAUCUAGCCUUUGCAAGAGUGGAAAGCUUGAUGAGGCUUGUUACAUACAUGAUGUGAUGUUAAGAAUGGGAGUUGCUCCAGAUGAGGUUUCGUAUAAAUUAAUAAUUCAAGGCCUAUGUGUUUGUGGGGAUGUAGAUAAGGCUAAUGGUUAUCUUAAUUGUAUGUUAGAGAAAUCAAUGAUACCAGAGCCUCUUGUGUGGAACCUCAUAAUUGAUGGUUAUGGGAGAUGUGGAGAUAUUUGUAAUGCAUUUGCCAUCAGAGAUCGUAUGUUGUCUUUUGGUGUUGUACCAAAUGUGUUCACUUACAAUGCAUUGAUCCAUGCACAAGUAAAAAUAGGAAACAUUUUGUAUGCAUAUUUUCUGAAAAAGGAUAUGCUUUUAAAGGGCCUUUUUCCGGAUGUGGUUACUUACAAUCUUUUGAUCGGUGCAGCUGCUCAUGCAGGACACAUUCAUUAUGCUCUUCAAUUAUAUGAUGAAAUGCUUAGAGGGGGAUGUAAUCCAGACAUGAUAACUUACACUGAGCUAAUUAGAGGUUACUGUGUGAAGUAUAACACCAAGGAGGCAGAGGAACUUUUAGCCAAGUUAUUGAAAUCUGGUUUACUAAUUGAUCACGUUCCAUUUCAAAUACUAAUUAAGCAGUACUGCAAAAUGAAGGAGCCUGAUAGGGCAUUUCAGCUGUAUCGGAAGUGGUUGGCUGGAAACAAGAGACUUUCCUCUUUGGAGAUCCGGAGUCCUGCUAGGACAGUGCAAAAUUACUAGUUUGAAAUGCCAGGGAGCAAUUUGGCUGGCAAGUCACAGUCCUUGCAUUUGAAAUUGGGAUCCAGUUUAUGAUGUUGGCUAUUUUCUGCUUGUGGGGAUCCUAAAGUCUUGCAUAUGAUUUUUCCAGAGACAUUCCCAGGUGUUUGGUGGAGGUUGAACCGAAGCCCAUCUGGAACUCUAGGAUCUACUGAAAGUUAUGAACUUGCUGUCCUGACUAUCAAGAAAAUAAACUUUGGCUUUUACCAUUUGAGUUGGUGUCAGUAGCCUCCUUGCAAGCAGUGACGAGGAUAAAUGAAUUUUGUACAGGAGCAGCCAUCGUUACAUACUUUCUGGAAGAAAUAUAGCACCAUGAUACUGCGUACACACAUCUUGAAAAUGCUCCUCGUUUGUAGUUACAAAGAGUACCUUGGUUUGAGUUCUCUCUGAAGCAAGGUUAAACAAGAGUAGGUUGAAGCAUCAAGACUGGGUUUAUAAUGGGAAUGAUAAACAUAACGUUCCAGAACUUCAAUUCAAGCAACACCAACUUGUUCCACAAUGGUUAACUGCAUGGUAUUUGUAUCUUCGCGGAUCCAACAAAUUAAGAGAGAACUGUAAUGAAUAGGACUAUUCAGAGUUGUGGCUGCGCAUCGGAGCUUUCUUGAAACUUGACAGGAUCUGGGCACCCGGACAAUGCCAUGCUUAUAUUCAGGUUGAAGUGAGCUUUUCUUUGGUUGUUUCUUAAUCAAUGUCAUGCCAUGAUUACAACAGCCAAGUUAAUGACUCGAAUGGGAAAAAUGGUGUCCCAUCUUUUUGUAACCGGGUAUUAACAUUAUAUCACUCCUGAUUUUGGAGCAGUGAUGAUAACUGGGUCAUCUUUUCUAGUGUUAUUAGACCUGUCCUGUUUUUUU